AUGGCAACCCCGUCCACCGCCGAGGGCGUGCCAGCGGCCAUGGAGGCGCGCCACCGCUUCUUCGCCUGCGAGCUGGUGCAAGAGGCUGGUAUCCUCCUGUCGCUGCCGCAGGUCGUCCUCGCGACGGGCCAGAGCCUUCUGCACCGCUUCUACGCCGGCCAGAGCCUCACGGACUUCGACGCAUUCCGCGUCGCGAUGGGCUGCAUCUUCCUCGCUGCCAAGGCCGAAGAGCAGCCGCGCCGGGUCAAAGAUGUCAUCCAGGUCUUCUUUCGCAUGCGCAACCGCCGCAUGGGCCUCCAGCCCAUCUUGCUCAUGCCAUCGGACCCGCGCUUCUCGCAAUGGAGCGACUACAUCAUCAUGGUCGAGCGCCAGCUGCUCAUCGAGACAAGCCUCAAUAUUGCUCUACGGAGCGCACUUUGGACAAGUUGCCACCAUCAAUAUUACGUCGGGCGUGUGACGUUCCGUGUGGCGUAA